AUGGCCGCCGCCUCCCUCCUCGAGCCCGCCCGCUUCAUCUCCCCGCACCACCCGCGCUCGCUCCGGCCCCCGCCCCGCCGCGGCCCGCACCACCUCCGCCCCUCGCCGCUCCCCGCCCGCGCCCGCUUCCCGCGCCUCCGCGCACACCCGGCGUCCCCCAUCCCCCCGUGCCACGCCGCCGCCGAGCCGGCAGCGAGACCGCCGCCGCACCCGCUGCUCGACGCGCUCAGACGGUCCCUGCUCGACUCGCUCGCGGCGCUCAGGAAGCCCGCGCUGGCGCUGCUCCUGGCCGGCGCGCUGCUCGCGGCCGCGGCGCCCCAGCACGCCGCGCUGGCGGCCUCCGGCGGCCGCGUCGGCGGGUCCGCCUUCUCCUCCCGCUCCUCGCGCUCCUCCCCGUCCCCGUCCUACGGGUACGCCGCGCCGGCGCCCAGGAUGGGGGGAGGAGGGUACUCCUCCGCGCCCUUCUACUCGCCCUCGCCCUUCGUGUCCGUCGGCCCCGCCUUCGGCAUCGGCUUCGGGGGCUCCGGCUUCCUCCUCACCCUCGUCGGCUUCGCCGCGUUCCUCUACCUCGGUGGCUUCCUCACCGACUCCUCCGGGGGCGGGAGCGUGCUCACCGACACGCAGAAGACCACCGUCCUCAAGCUGCAGGUUGGCUUACUAGGCAUGGCCCGAUCAUUUCAAAAGGAGCUUGAUCAAAUAGCCGAGAAAGCAGAUACGUCAACCCCGGCUGGGUUGAGCUUUGUACUAACAGAGACAACAUUGGCAUUACUUCGGCAUCCAGAUUGCUGUAUCUCAGCUUAUUCAACAGUGGAUGUCAAACGAAGCAUGGAUGAUGGGGAGAAACGUUUCAAUCAACUGUCAAUUGAGGAACGAGGCAAGUUUGAUGAAGAGACACUCGUGAAUGUGAACAGUAUCAAGAGGCAAAAAGCAGGCACUCAAAGAUCAAGUGGUUUUAGCAACGAGUACAUUGUGAUUACCAUAUUGGUUGCUGCUGAGGGAGUGUACAAGCUACCUACUAUAAACAGCAGCAGUGACCUGAAGACAGCUCUACAAAUGCUUGGUGGCGUACCGUCAAGCAAAAUAAUGGCGGUCGAGGUCUUAUGGACACCACAAAAUGAGAACGACACAUUGUCGGAGCGGGAACUCCUGGAAGAUUACCCACUUUUGAGGCCCCUAUAG